GCCAAUCCUUCAAAUAAAUAAAGUGCCAUUUCCAAUUUAGGCAUUCCUGUAUGAAACAGCAGCUACGUUCUUUAAUCGUUGGACAUAAUUCAUCUUGAUGUGAGUGAAGACGUCCACGUCUUAUUGUCUGUCAAAGUACAUUUCUUCGUCAGCUUAACAGGGACUGUUUUUUUUAGCCGAGGACUACAUUCUCGCGCUCCAUUGGCGGAAGGAUUCAGUUAACUUUGGUGACUGUGGAGAAAGGCGUCGUUCAGCAUUUGUACCAGUUUAAUUUUUAUAUUUUUUCUUUACAAAGUUUCUUUUUGUGGUUCUUGUUCAGCUUUUUUCCCUUCGGUCGGUGCCCUAAUUUAGAUGGCCAGCUUCCCAGAUUGUGUAAAUGAAAAUGAUCUAGACAAGGCUAAGUUCAUUGGUGAACUCCUGGUCCCUGUUGCUCCCUUUGACCAGAAGUCUGGGCGUGAGGCCUGGACUGUAGCCUUUGCACCAAAUGGUUCCUACUUUGCUUGGUCUCAGGGACAUCGCAUUGUCAGGCUCAUCCCUUGGAAUAAAUGCUUGAAGAGCUUUUCUCUGAGUGCUGGUGAAGAAGGUACCAACCCAACAAGCCCGCGCCAUUUGUCCCGUCAAAACAGUGAUGGAGGUGUUACCAUCCCACUGGCUGAUGAACCUCGCGAACACACGAUAGAUUGUGGGGACAUAGUGUGGGGCCUGGCCUUUGGCUCCUCCGUGCCAGAAAAACAGAGCCGCUGUGUCAACAUCGAGUGGCACCGGUUCAAGUUUGGUCAGGACCAGUUGCUGCUGGCAACAGGUCUCAACAAUGGCCGCAUCAAGAUUUGGGACGUUUACUCUGGAAAGCUGUUGCUGAAUCUGAUGGACCACACUGACGUCGUGAGAGACUUGACCUUUGCUCCCGACGGCAGCCUCAUGCUGGUGUCUGCAUCCAGAGAUAAGACCCUGCGUGUGUGGGACCUUAAAGACGAUGGUAACAUGGUGAAGGUCCUGCGCGGACAUCAGAACUGGGUGCACUGCAGCUCCUUCUCUCCCGACUCGUCCAUCCUGUGCUCGGUCGGCGCAGGCAAAGCAGUGUUCAUAUGGAACAUGGAUAAGUUCACGUUGAUCCGGAAGCUGGAGGGGCAUCAUAACGAUGUGGUAUCCUGUGAGUUUUCACCUGAUGGCGCGCUGCUGGCCACGGCUUCUUAUGACACCCGGGUCAUUGUGUGGGAUCACCACAAGGCCACCAUCCUCCUGGAGCUGGGCCAUCUCUUCCCGCCUCCAUCACCCAUUUUUGCUGGAGGGGCAAAUGACCGCUGGGUUCGCUCUGUGAGUUUCUGCCCCGAUGGCCGCCACAUCGCCAGCAUUACUGAUGACAGGUUUGUUCGUUUCUGGAGUAUCGAGGAAAGGGCUCCUCAGGCAAUAGCCUCCUUAUCGAAUGGCCUCUGCUGUGCCUUUUCUGCAGAAGGAAGUGUCCUUGCUGCUGGGACUCGUGAUGGAAGUGUCCACUUCUGGGAGGCUCCCCGCAGCAUCGCCAGUCUGCAGCACAUGUGCAGGAUGGCCCUCCGGAGGGUGCUGACCACCCAGCAGGUGGAGGCUUUAGCCAUCCCUACUCCACUCCAGGACUAUCUGACCUACAGAGUGAUCUGAGGCCCCUCUACAGCUCAGCACACGGACUAACCAAUGAAUACCUUAUUUAAAAAAAAAAAAAAAAAAGGAAAAAAAAAAGAAAACACAACACUUCUAGAUCCUCCGUUCACUGAGGAAACCCAGUGAUGCAGUUUAACAGAGAUGCGUUCAGGUUUGCUGAUAACUCUGAGCCACGUCUGAGUCGAUCCUUCAGCAUUCUAUGUUGUACAUAUUUAUUAGAAGCUGACCGUACUGGCGCGGUGCUGCGCCUUCGAGUCGGGAUGUUUCUGCUCGCCCUCUCUCUUCAGUGUCCGUCUGCUGCUCAGAAACGUGGAGGUCCGGUUCCACCAGCUGCAGCGACUCCUGCUCUGCUCUAACUUGAAAUGGCUGAUGCACUUAAAGAAGAGGCCUUGCAGUGGUGCUUGCUUUGAAUGUCUGUCAUCUCUAAUUUUUUGUCUGCGGCGUGGAGCUAUCGGCUUCUGUCCACACCACCACACAGACCCUGGAAAACAAACGCCACACUUCUCAUCUACAUGCACACUGGAAAGUUUAAGAUCUUUUAAAAAAAAUAAGUUUGGGUGUUUUUUCCUGGCAGUAUUUCAAUCGCAGCAUCUGGAUUCUAAACACUACAGCGUUGGUGAUCCUAUCAUCACUUUGUUUCUGCUCUUCAAGCCAUGUUGGUUCUAAUCCCAGAACGAGCCACUUCACAGGUCAGAACGUUCUGACUCAAUCACCUUCAACGCAACAAACAUCUGCUGGUUUGAACCGAGUAUCAGAGGCUUCAGAGUAUCGGCUGUUUGAACCUAGAAUUGAUUACUGAUGACGGGUGCAGAUGCUGAUCCUCUCUAAAAUCAUCAGUAUUCAUUUUAAUAGAAGUUUUGUACAUCAACAUAUCAGUUGUUUCCUCUCUGGGAGGAGCCAUGCUGCCACUCUGCAGAUUACAUUUCCACUUUAUCUGAUAAUCCAGUUUGUUUCCAGUAAACUAGAAAUGUCCACUCUGAGUCCAGAGGUUUCUUUCAAGUUUUUCCUAAAUCAUGCUUCUUCUGGUUUGGGUUUUGUACAUUUGUAAAUUCUUUUACUUUGGUCGUUUUGUUGUUAUGUGAAAACGUCGGCCACAUGUCUUAUUGUUCAACCUUUACUGUAUGCAUCAGGUGGUCCAUGGCAGUCCUGCUACAAUCACGUCUGUACUACUAAAGCAAUACCUGCCGCCCAAACAGGAUCCAGAUCCACCACGAAAACUGCUGACAAAUCAAGCAAAACUCUUAAGAGGUGGGAGAAAUUAGCACCUCUGGGACAAAAAAAAAACAAAAAGCUUCUUGCUCAUAAGAUGUGAAAAAGGAAAAGUGAAGUGAAAGUUUCCUCAGAGUAUUCCUGGUGUUUUAGUAGUAUUUAGUGAUGAUCAGACUCAUCCUGAUUUUGCAAAUGCCAAAGGUUUUCUUUUUGCCUUAUUUUUUUUUCCCAAAAUGGUUCGGCGGUUCUAAUAGUUUGCAGUAAUAUGGCCUAUUCAAAGCAGACAUGUUUUAUAUAUUUGUUAAUGGGUAAACUCAGUUCUGCCUCCCAGAGAUGCAUUCUGAUGUUUCCAAAUAUCUGUGAAUGUAUGGAGUUCCUACAACCUUCUUGUUUAAAUAAAGACCUUUUAUAAAAAAUG